AGUAAGCUCAGGCACAUAGGUUGAGAAAUCAAUGAUUAUUAAUUUAUUUCUGAAGUACGUGACAAGUAAAAGGCAGUCCAUCUCAAUGGAUUUAUUCAGCAAGAUGCUCAUAUUCCAGCUCCUGCUGUCUGUAGUUGGGAACAGUGUGAUUCUUAUGGUUACACAGUCUCCACCUCUCCUUUCGGCAAUGGAAGGAGAGACAGCAACAAUGAUUUGUUGGAUUAAUAGCUCCAGUUUGGAACGGCGGAUCGAAUGGAGCAAAGUUUUAUCAGAGCAAAAGACUCUAGUUCUGACAUCCAAAGGGAACAUAACGAUGCCUAACCCGGAUUACACCGAAAGGAUGAAACACUCUCUCAAUGACACAAUUAGCACUUUGUCUAUUUCCCAAAUAAACCGGAAUGACACUGGGAUGUACGUUUGUGAGGUAUUAAUUGAGAUUCCUCCACCAGUGCUCAGAAUGUCUGGGAAUGGCACUCACCUGCAGGUCCAAGUUGUCAACAAUGAAAUGGCAGUGUCUUCCAAUGACAACACAAUUGGUGGCUCAACAUGGAUCCUGAUUGGGUGCAUAUUGUCUAUCAUAUUGGUUGUGUCAAUUACCACUUUCUUUUUGGCCAGGAAAUUAAUCAGAAAAGGGGAACCUGAAUAUGUCAACGUUAAACACAGAAACAAAACCAGUGGGAACUAUCGUCCAACAGAAGUAAAGUAGAGGUGGAGAUCUGAAGACAUUUGAACCGAAGUGCCAAAAGCCCUCAUUAUGGCUUUGAAAUAGCUGCAUUUUAAAAGAUCAGAGCUGACAUACUGUGAGAUCUUCAAGAUAUUGAAAAAAGGUCGGGCUUUGAUCCUGUCCAUUUGAAAGCACACUGGUCAGAGACUGACGCUGCAAAUUUGAA